AGCGUGAGGGGCGCUGGGCGUCCCGUCCGUCCUCCGGGGCCCGUGCGGAGGGUCCGGUGUCCCCCCCCUUUUUCCGCGGGCGGAGUGGUAGGUUCCGCCUCCAGCUGACCGGCCUGGAAUCCCGGCUGGGAGCCCCGCACUCGCCCCCGCAGCCCCGCCGCUCGCCCCCCGGGACUCGCCCCGCGGCCACCAUCGCCAUGGGAGACGCCGGCAGCGAGCGCAGCAAAGCGCCCAGCCUGCCGCCACGCUGCCCCUGCGGCUUCUGGGGGUCCAGCAAGACUAUGAAUCUGUGUUCCAAAUGCUUUGCUGAUUUUCAAAAGAAACAACCAGAUGAUGACUCUACUCCCAGCACAAGUAACAGCCAAUCAGACCUGUUUUCUGGAGAAACAAACAGCGACAACAGCAAUACCUCUUUAACUUCAGCGACUGUUAACUCCAACCAGCCCCAGCUUUCGACAGAAUUGAAUGUAACUUCACCAAGCAAAGAAGAAUGCGGGCCCUGCAUGGAUACAGCUCAUGUCUCAUUAACUACGCCAACCAAAAGAUCCUGUGACUCAGAUUCCCAGUCUGAGAGCGAGGCUUCUCCGGUGAAACGGCCACGACUCCUGGACGAUCCCCAGCUGCCCGAGGAAACCAGCCGGUCCAAACAGAAGAGCCGCCGCCGGUGUUUCCAGUGCCAAACCAAACUGGAACUGGUACAGCAGGAACUGGGAUCGUGUCGCUGUGGCUACGUGUUCUGUAUGUUACACCGCCUUCCCGAGCAGCACGACUGUACGUUCGACCACAUGGGCCGCGGGCGAGAGGAAGCCAUCAUGAAAAUGGUGAAACUGGACCGAAAAGUGGGGCGAUCCUGCCAGCGCAUCGGGGAGGGCUGUUCCUGAGUUGCCAGACCCACGGCCCCCCCAGUGCUCUUCUUAGUUCACUAAUGUUAGCCUUAUUUAGGACAAAGUCAGCCAGACACCUUGUACUGGGCAAGUUUCAGACUACAGCCAAUCAGCUUCCUUUCGUUAGCCAACCAACCUGGUACUGUAGUUUAGGGGUUGAUGAUGGUGGUUGGAAUUGAUUUCUGGCUGGUUACUAAGGUGCCUGCUAGCCAAUGUAUGAAAUUAAAACGUGAAGAAUAAUUUUUUUUUUUUUUUUUUUUGAGCAUGGCUAGUGGAUUUAAAGCAAACGAAACAAACAAAAAACCAAGCAAACAAAACCCGAAGGCUUCUCUCACUGCUGGAGUCAAACUUAGAAAAAAAAAAAAAAGCCUUAAGUGGGAAAGGUCAGAAGGAGACUUUGAGUAAAGAGAGGAGCAGAAGGCGGUGUUUAAAGUUCCCCGGCACCCACCCGACUCUGCCGGCACCUCUGGUUAACGUACAGCCUUUCACCUCUUCACCUGCCCUCGGUUCCGAAGACGCGAAACCCCCAUCUCACCCCCGCUGGCCGGCCGUGGCCCCCGGGAGCUUGCGGGCCACUGUCGGGGGGUCUUUCCGGGUAGCCAAGU